CGGCCAGCCUGCCUCGGAGCCGCGGCCACCGGAGAGGUCUCGCCGCCGCUCCUGCCGCAGACAUGGGUGCCCGACGCUCCCCGAAGGCGCUCCCCGCGCCGGCGCUCCUGCUGGGGCUCCUUCUGCUGCUUUGCCCAGGGUGCCGUGCAGCCGUUGAAGUAUCCGUCCCACCUGAGGUGGAGGUGUUGCUAGGCCAGGAGGCAACCAUUUCGUGCACGCACACUCUGACGGGAGGAAGCGAUUACCUCCUGGUGGAGUGGUUUAUCAUGGACAAGAACGGAGAGCAACGCCGCGUGGCCUUCUGUGAGCAAGACACCCGGAAGGUGGACAAGAACACCGAAUACACCAAUCGCAUUUUCAUCGACGACGACUACGGUUUGGUCAUCAAAGCAGCCGAACUGAGUGAUGAGAGGGCUUUACCGCAAAAAUACGUGAUGGCUGAGCGGGGAACCAGCAGGGCGGCCCAGGUCAAGGUCUACGACCCCCCUGAGCCCCCAGAGGUCAAGUGGAAUACCGGGACCCUCUCAGUGACGGGAGAGCACGCUUCGGAGAUCGCCACAUGCAUCAGCCGAAACGCCAACCCAGUGCCAAUCAUCCACUGGUACAAAGAUGACCACCCUCUGCAAGCCCCGUCUGAACGCAAGAGAGACCUGUAUGUAGUGUCCCGGACUGUUAAAGAGGCGUCGGGGCUCCACACCGUCUCCAACACGCUCUACUUGCGCCCGAACAAGACCGACAAAGACUCGCGCUUCCGCUGCCAAGUCAUGUACUCGAUGCCCCACGGAGAACUCCGCAGCAUGGAGUCGGAGUAUUUCCAGCUCACGCUGCACUACUACACAGAGAACGUGAAGUUUAGUUUGCACUCUCCCAAGAUCAUCAAAGAAGGGGACGACGUGCAGCUACUUUGCCAAGGGGAUGGAAACCCCCCGCCCGAGUACAUCUUCUCCAAAAUGAAGGGUCACGACAAAUUUGAAGACUUGGGGUCCAACCUGGACGGAGUCCUGGUCCUUCCGGAAGUGACCAAGGAUGACAGCGGAACUUACCGGUGCCACGUUCUCGAUUUCGACAGCCCCCCAGAGGUGGAGCUGGAGAAGGAAGAGACCAUCAGCGUCCACUACCUAGAUAUGCUGGUCCUGACCCCUAACAGGACGGUGAAAGUCCCCCUGGGGGGAAACAUUGAGCUCAGCUGCUUUGGUAGCGGUUCUCAGACGCCCACGUUGUCGUGGAGGAAGGGAAAAGAAGAGGUGGAACACGGCGGGACCUUGACUCUUACUUCUCUAACCUACGGCAUGGCAGGGAGAUACACAUGCGAAGCUUCUGUGCCCAGUGUUCCUGGACUACACAAAGACCAGUCCGUCCAGGUCAUUGUAGAAGGGCCGCCGGAGAUAGUGCAACCCCAGUCACCGAGCCAUUACCACAAUUUCGGCCAGAAAGUGACAUUGACUUGCUCUGCUUUGGGGCACCCAGAACCACAGAUCACCUGGAGCGUACCUGGAGAGGUGAGUAAGGGACAAGAGAAUCAUCAAGUCAGUUGGCUGGGGGGAGAUCCUCUCUGUGCCCCCUAA